CCUGGUAAUUAACUAAUUAAUUUGCUUUUUAAAUAUUUGCAAACAUAUAUCGUACCCCAUUAUUAAGUCUCCGAUUUAUCUAUUGAACCGUACAGGCUACACAGUCACAAGUUUUACAGAUGAUGUAUUCAGGUUGCGCGAUAACAAUAAAAAAUAAAAAAAAAUUAAGCUAAAUAAAGCAAGGUUGGUACUGUCCCAAAUUUAGUAGGUGACCAUUCUUUUUAAAAUUUCUUCAAACCUUUUAACCCUUUUAUACAAAAACCUUCAGUAUUGCAAGUCCGACUCGCACUUGACUUGUUUUCUGUCAAUAUUUUGGAAGCCCGAAAAUCUUAGCAGCGCUUGUUAAUGACGGCAUUAAAUAUUUCCUUGAUAUUUCCUUCCUAACGAAAGUCACUUUCUCUAAUUGCAUCUCAUUUAAAAACUAAGGUGCCAGCAAUUAACCUACAUUCAUUAGAACCUUCGCAUAUUUCUCACGUGCAUAAAUAUUUCAACGCGUCUUUGAAAUGCCUGUUAAUUCACUUUCAAGUGAAAUGUAAAUUAGAAAUUUCAUGACUAGAAGGCAGGGUGCAUUUCAAACAUCUUUCCUUAUUAAUUACGACUACACCUCGGUUUUGACGCGCUGCAUGUAAUUACAGGCCAGUGGCGACUUUUCGUGUCCUCAAACUAUAUAAGACCAUACAUGCAAACGAAAAUGUGUCAAAACGUCACUGCAAAUUGAAUAUGUGUUAGUCAAAAGUAAGCGACAAAGAAAAAUUGAAUAAUGGAGUUUCAUCAAAUAGAUUGUUUGAAAGUACAUUUGACAUUUCUCAAUAUUCUUGCUAUUUGGCCUGGCGACAAUCCAAGUCGCUGUUACGUAUAUUAUUCAAGACUAUUUCUACUAGUAUUCGUAGUUACAUUCAUAACAUUGUAUACAAUCAAUUUUUAUUUCUUGCCUCAACAAUUGGAGAUUUUCGCUGAAGAAAUGAUAUUUUAUUUCAACGAUUUGACCGUUUUGUCUAAAGUUUUAGCUUUUGUUUUUAAUCUGGACAAGUUUAGGGAAAUGCUUGAUAUUUUGGAGAGUGAGACUUUUCAAGGGGAUACUCCCCAUGAGGAUAAGAUUAUCAAGAAGGCAAAGCAGAAUGCGUUACUUUAUUGGAAGAUAACGGCAGGGAUAUCUAUAGUAGCUAAUUCAGCAAAUGUGGUCAUGCCUAUGGUCGUGCAUCUGAUUUACUCGAUCGAUUUGGAGUUCCCUGUAUGCAGGUAUUCGUUUAUACCCGAGAAAUAUAUGGAAAUAUUCCUAUACCCAGCAUAUUUCUACCAGAGUUUGGGAAUCACAUCUCAUAUGUUGUACAAUGUUAACUGCGAUACUUUUCUUUUGGGAGUGAUGUUUUUGGCUAUAGCACAAUUGGAUAUUCUUGAUGGGAAGUUACAGAAAGUGACGGAUGGAAGUAAGAAAAGUGGAGAUGGACCUUGGCUCUAUGAUAAUUCCGAUCAUGAUCGAAGAUCUUUUAUGGAAAUCAAUAAAUGUAUCAAACAUUACGAUUUGGUUUGCAAAUAUUGUAAAUUAAUUGAACAAGCCUUUAACGAGACAAUCUUUGUUCAAUUCAGUCUCGGCUCUUGUAAGAUAUGUGUGUGCUUAUUUCGAUUUACUUUGCCGGCACCAAAGCAGUACUUAAUAUUUCUUUCUCUGUAUAUGGUGGUAAUGAUUCUUCAAAUAAUGGUUCCAUGUUGGUAUGGAUCUCAAAUAAUUGAAAAGAGUCGACAAUUAUCGUUCUCGGUGUACAGUUGCGACUGGACGGCAAGGAGUCGUAAAUUCAAAAGUAAUUUGCGACUGCUCGUAGAAAGGGCAAAAAAGCCUUUAACUAUUACAGGGGGGAAGAUGUUCCUUCUAUCACUUGGAACAUUCGCUGCAAUAAUGAAUUCUGCAUACUCCUUCUUCACAUUAUUAAGGCACAUGCAAUCUCGAUAAUUUAAAACUAAAACGUUAACAAUUAAUAAGCUAUUAUUCAAAUUUGCUUUAGAUUUUCACUUGCUAGUCCGAAUAUUGUGAACCCCAAGUUCAAAGAAAAUGAUUAAUAGCUUAUUUAAAUUUGUAGUAUCUACAUAAUCUUAGUAAACUUAUGAUUUAUUUUGAGUAAUAAUAAAAUUCUCAGAAUCGGUAAAAAGGUGUAUUUUUUUCGGGUAAAAGAAACUAAAAAUACCUACAAAACAAUUCUCCAAUACUUUUCGUUUUCCUUUUAUUUUACUUAACACACAACAAAAUAAAUAUAGUGAACACAUGAAUAAAUAGUCGUUUCUCGACGAGGGAGCACAAUUUUUUCUUUGCGCUAGGAGGAACAAACGUCACACACAAGACCCGGGGACAAUGGUACCGUUGAGCAGUUCAUCUGUUAGCCGUUGGCGGUAAUAAGGCGUGUUUUUGCCCGAACACAACGAAAAAGGAAACAAUGAUUUUGCUCGUGACUAGAUAAAUAAGAUGUCCGGACGUGACGAGGGUACCAUUACAGUUUUUAUGGAUUCUUUCAGUGGGUAUAGCAGACUACCCGUUCCAUUCCACCUGGUUGUCUUUGUUUAGGCCUCAGUACAUUGUUAAUGUACGGAGACAAAAAUAUCGCGGCGAUAGUGGUGACAAAUGGGUCAAUACUUAGGACCUAGUAAUAUAGUUCUAGCAAAAAUUGAACUGCUAAUUAUGGACACAACGAUAAUGUAUCCAUUUGUUUCCAUCGAUGAAAAAUAGAUAAAAAUUGCACCCGCACACGUCCUUCCGCCACGACACCGCCUGCAAACGAUGAUUUAGUGGCGAUCCCUGGAUUUAUAGAGCGUCCCGCCCCACCCAGCGACUUCAAUGAAUAAUAAAUUGAAGAUCUUUUUCGAUAUUAUUGAUACUUUGGGUAUCUUCGUGUGAUGUAUGUUCGGGUGAGAAUUGAAACCCUUUUAUUAAAACAUAUAUUACAGGACACGUCCCGACGGUGACACUGAAUAAUACGCUCCUUGUUGCGACUAUUCUUGGCGGAGCUCUCUCUUAUUUCGGAUUUUAUUACUCUAGGAUUAUUUAUUGCAUUGUCUGUAUACUUUUGUAGCGAUUCGCCUAGCCAUAAAUCGUAUCUUUAUUAUAUUUCGCUAAAGUGCACGCCAAAUGGCACAUUGUGUAACUAACAUGUAGUGUUUAACCCAUUUUUGUAGCUCAGCUUUUAGUAGCGCAGCAACAAACUUACUGUAUUAAAUGGAAACUGCAGUGCAAAUGUAUUUAGAAAACCUCAUGCACAACAUUCAGUUUGAAACAGCGGCGGGUAAUCAGGACUGUACGUUAACUUGGUGGCUUUCAAAAUUCUGACAACAGCUAUCGUCGCUAGUUGUCGUACGAGUGAAGGAGUUGGGUGUUUGAAUUUGCGGAGCUAAUUCCGAAGGGCGUACGUACCAGUUUGUCUUGUCGAGUCGCGGUGCCGGGACUCGCUCCGCUGGCUGUACCACGACGCCGGCAACGCAAACAUAUGGUAGUGGGGUUAAAACUUGCCCCGCAUGUAAAAUUAGUUAAAUAACUCCCCGGGAAUCUUCACUCUCUAUAUGGAAACACGUCUUUGCUCUAAACCCGAGCAAAUUAGACUAGCGAACUUGCACACAUUAAGCUCGCUUUCUAAAUUAAUCUACGUACUGUGGCUAAUUAAGAAAAAACAUUGUUCGUAAACUCGAAUUUAUACUUGUUUGUGUUGUAAAUUACAAAAGCAUUGUUAUUAUUCUGUGUUUCGUUGUUCUGUGCCAAAACUACGUUAGUGUAUUUAGCACGAUUCGUUUUGUGGACUGCAAAAUGUAACCUACUUUUUAUGCUAAUGGCAGUAUAGCUUGGAAGUAAAUUAAUAAACUAGGUAAUAUAAUAUUAACACUUGACUAUUUAUAGUAUGCGAUCGAUGCUGAUUAAUAAAGCUUAUUAUAAAAUUAGUGAUUAUGUAGAUGAUAAGCGCGCUUGGUCUUAGUAUUGUCUCGGUACAUGUGGCCUCCCUGGUGGUCGACUAGAUCAAUUUUAUCUCACUUGCUACUAUUAGUUUCCACGUCUUCAUUCCUGAAGGUUUUGACAAGCCUUGACAUUCCUGUUAAGGAUUUAAUUAGGACUACAUAUUAUUUGAUGUAUG